CUGUUUGCCGAGAGCUCCAAACAACAACCAAUCGAGUGACGAGCCAAAGGUGCCCGUGAAAUCUGCGCGCGAGGGGGAGGAUGACACCAAAUUCACGUCCACGCAAAGUUUCCCAGCAUUUCAUCUCGACACUUUCUGCCCAUCUGCACGCCUUAAGUCUCGUUCAGAGAAUCAGACAGCUGCUGAUGCUGUUACAGGGAGUUUCAGCAUCCUCCUCCUCUGUCAGUAGUCGAGUUCGGGCUCUCCGCCGCACUGUGGGUAUCAGCGCAGGAGAAAAUACAGCAUUACUGGUCAACCAAGUGGCUACGAAUACAUGCAAGGAUCUAAACAAUGAGUCGACUUUCUUAUGGUGUUUGAAGAGUGGACGCUUUUGUGAACUCCUAGCUGCCCCUCAACCAACUUUGAAACUUAUGGAGGCCUCUCCGACCUCGUACUCUCCGACCUCGUACAACAUCAGCAACACCUCAACUGGGUUAGGCCAGAGAACAUGGGUGGAGUCCAAUGUGUGCCCUCCCUCUGUGAGUGGCACGACCCUUCUGAUCGUGGCCUACAGCACUGUUAUAGCGGUGGGCUUAGUGGGCAACACUUGUCUGGUCUUCAUCAUCUCCAGACAAAAAGAGAUGAGAAACGUCACCAACAUCCUCAUCGCCAACCUCUCCUGCUCCGACAUCCUCAUGUGCGUGGUGUGCCUCCCCGUGACGGUCAUCUACACGCUCAUGGACCGCUGGAUCUUGGGUGAGACGCUGUGCAAGGUCACGCCAUUUGUGCAGUGCAUGUCCGUCACGGUCUCCAUCUUCUCGUUGGUCCUCAUCGCGUUGGAGCGGCAUCAACUCAUCAUCCACCCCACCGGCUGGACACCCGCCCCUGGCCAUUCAUACCUGGCUGUGGCCGUCACCUGGAUGGUGGCCUGCUUCAUUUCCCUACCCUUCCUGUCCUUUAAUAUCCUAACUAACGCUCCGUUCCAGAACCUCAGCCUGCCGAUCAACCCAUUCAGCGACCACGUCAUUUGCAUGGAGCUCUGGCCGUCCGAACGCAACCGUUUGGCAUACACCACCUCGCUUCUGCUUUUCCAGUACUGCCUACCCCUGCUUCUCAUUUUAGUCUGUUACUUGCGCAUAUUCCUGCGUCUGCGUAGACGGAAGGACAUGGUGGAGCAGGCCACCGAGGCUCGGCAGAGAAAAGCGCGGAGCGCUCAGCGCAUCAAUGCCAUGUUGGUCGUAAUCGUAGUCGCUUUCGCUCUCUGCUGGCUCCCGCUCAAUGUCUUCAACACCAUCUUCGACUGGUACCACCAGGUGCUUCCUUCUUGCCAGCAUGACGUCAUCUUCUCCGCCUGCCACCUGACGGCCAUGGCGUCUACCUGCGUGAACCCGGUGGUGUACGGCUUCCUCAACACCAACUUCCAGAAGGAGCUGAAGGCGACGCUUCAGCGCUGCCAUUGCGGCUGGGGCGUUCCAGAGACCUACGAGAGCUUCCCUCUUUCGACGGUGGCCACCGAUGUCACCAAGGUUUCGUCAAUGCAGCGGGGCUCUCUGAUCAGAUCGGAACAGUGCGCUCACUGCUAAAGAGACUGCAGGAACGGAGAAGAGAACAAGGGAAGGGGUUGAGGAUGAGCUGGCACUGUUUCCAUGGAGAUGUGGAAUUGCUAUGUGGGUUUCUGCAUCAGUUCAUACCCAAGAGAUCUAAAAACAACCUCUACCCACUGUUGCCGUGGUCCAGGUCUGCGUGUUCCUACGAGGAACGAGGCGUGAUGUUUUGUUAAGGACAGCUAGGGUAGUCAGAGUGUCAUUCCUGUCCUUGUAUAUGAGUUAUAUGGGAUGAAUAUUCCAUCAAGAAUGUGAUUAUUCCUCUGGUGACGCUUUCAAGCUGUCGUGUUAUGAGAGGAAGGACUGAUUUAUGAGGCUGGAUUGUUUUAGCGCUCAUUGCGCGCCAGACGUUUCACAUCAAACAGGAAGUUGUUAUUGCUAUAAUGAAAUUACUUUUCAUGUAUGAUUCUUUCAGUUCUUUGUUAAAAUCACUGUAGCAGUGAGUUGGUGCCCUCACCAAAGUAUUUAUUCUGUUCAUGUCCGGUUUUGUUGUUGUUGUUGUUGUAGUUGUUGUUUAAUGAAGUGUAACUAUUACUAUUUAUUGUGUUGCUUUGGUGAGAUCGCUUACGCUGCAUUUUAACUUUGAAUUGUGCCUCUGUAAUGUUGGGAAAAGUUUGAGCAUCAGUGUUAACAGCACACCCAUCUUCUGCUACAAUAGAUACAUGACUGUGCCAAUGCCAGUUUGGUAUUACACAUUUUCUUGAUGAUCAAAGCAAACAAAAGUGUUUGGUGUUGACGUUCUUGUUGCCUUAUAAAUGCUAGUUCUGAAAGUGCAAAUAAAUUUGGAAACAUGACCUCCA